UCACUAUUCUCAAAUCAACAACAUUGUACACUUCUCAAUUCCCACUCUCUCUCUCUUCUUUGUUGUAAGAAUUGAGAGAGAUGGCAAUGGAGAUGAUGGCUCUCAGAGUUUCUGCCUCAGCUAAACCUACCAUUUCUCCUUCUUCUUCAUCUUCUUCCUCUCAAAAAUCCCAGCUUUUAAAACAAAGUUCAAAACUUCAGCUAAAACAAGCUCAAAAUCUCUUCUUUCCCACCUCAACUUCUCUCUCUCUUUUGACUUUGUUCACCACUCCCUUUGACGCUAAAGCUGUUUCCCUCCCCAAAGAGCAAUUAGUCACUUCUCUCACUCAAGUGGAGCAAACAAUUGAUCAAGUUCAGGAAGUGGGUUCGAGUGUUUUCGAUUCUGCACAAAAGGUUUUCCAGGUUGUGGCCGAGGCUUUGAAGCCUGGCAUUGAUGCUGCCACGCCGAUUGUGCAGCAGGCUGGACAAGAGGCAUUUAAAGCCGCUUCUCCAUUGAUUUCUGAGGCUUCCAAGAAAGCUCAGGAAGCAAUGCAAAACUCUGGGAUUAGUUCUGAAUCAAUGACCACUGCCACUCAGACUGUAACAAGUGCUGCAGAACAGACAACAAAAGCGUUUGAAGAUGCUAAGCCCUUAGCAUCGUCGACAUUCGAAACCAUCUCAAACUCAGACCCCGCUCUAUUAGCAGAAGGUGCUGCUGCGUUGUUUCUUGCAUACCUCCUCUUUCCUCGAGUCUGGUCAAUUGUCUCCUUUAACCUUCGCGGAUACAAAGGUGGACUUACUCCUGCUCAAACCUUGGAAAUGUUGUGCACUCAGAACUAUUACUUGAUUGACAUGAGAUCAGAGAAGGACAAGAACAAGGCUGGUAUUCCCCAGCUCCCCUCAAGUGCCAAAAGUCGGAUGAUUGCAAUUCCGCUAGAAGAAUUACCGAGCAAGGUAAGAAACCUUGUUAGGAACUCAAAGAAAGUAGAAGCAGAAAUAGUUGCAUUAAAGGUAUCUUAUCUCAAGAAACUAUCAAAGAGCACCAACAUCGUGAUCAUGGACUCGUACUCAGACUCAGCAAAAACAGUUGCAAAGAGUUUGACAGGUUUGGGAUUCAAAAACAGUUGGAUCCUGACAGAUGGUUUCUCUGGAGGCAAGGGUUGGUUGCAAAGCCGUUUGGGUACUGAGUCAUACAAUCUAUCUUUUGGUGAGAUAUUUUCGCCAUCACGUAUUAUUUCCGGUGGUACAGGGCGUUUUGGUACAACAAGCUCUACUGUUCAAAUUGGUAGAAAAAUGCUUCCAGGCUCAAAUUAACUCUAUCUGUGUAGUAUAUGUAAUGUAAUGUAAUGCAGAUGGUUGUAGUUUGUGUACUUCGAUUUUGAGCCCUUUGUAAAAAGUUAAAAUUAUUGAAAAAUGCAUAGCCGAUUUUGUUA